AUGGAAGCGUGUCCGUGCCCGCGACCACGCCCGCGCCUGGGCCGCCCGACCAGCGCCUGCGCACUCGCAGUCCUCGCGACGCUGGUGGUGGGAGGCGCGCUAUGCCGACCCGCUGCCGCCGCCGCCGCCCCCGACGCGGGGACCUACCUCCGCCUCCAGCAAGCGCCCACCUCCGCCGCCCCCGCCGAGUCCCUGCGCGCCACCGACGCCUGCAUGCCGCACCCUCUAGCAGUCAACACGACGGAGCGGCUGCGCAUGCUCAGGGAACGGAUGGAGUACUACGGCAUCGCCGCCUACAUCGUCACCUCCAGCGAUGAACACCAGAGCGAGUACGUGGCGGACCACGACCGGCGGCGCGACUACGUGAGCGGCUUCACGGGCAGCGCCGGGGACGCCGUGGUGACGCUGGAGGCCGCGGCGCUCUGGACGGACAGCCGCUACUACCUGCAGGCCGAGGAGCAGCUCGACUGCAACUGGCAGCUCAUGCGCACCGGCGACUCACAGACACCAUCAAUUGCGGAAUGGCUGAAAGCAUCUUUAAACCCAGGAGUCAAUGUAUCUGCAGAUCCCAAAUUAGCAUCAUACAAUGAAUGGUCUGCAUGGAAUUCUAGUUUAUAUGAAGCUGGUCUGGACCUUGUUGUCAUCACAAAUAAUCUUGUUGAUGAAAUAUGGGGAUCUGAAAAUGGACAGCCUCCUUAUCCAUCUGACAAAAUAUUUGUACUUGAUCAGCAGUUCACAGGAGAGUCAUGGCAAGAUAAAAUAGGCAGAUUAAGGAUCUGGCUGCAGGAGCGGUCUGCAGAUGCUCUUGUACUGACAGCCUUGGAUGAGAUUGCAUGGAACCUGAACCUGAGAGGAGGUGAUGUUCCAUACACUCCAGUAUUCCGCUCCUAUCUGAUCAUCACCCUGGAGGAUACUACACUCUACCUUCCUGCAGGCAAAAGCACUGCUGCUGUUGUGGCGCAUCUCAACAGUGAUUCUGAAGUUGCACAAGACAGUGUGCGCAUAAAAAAUUAUAAUGAAGUAUGGUAUGACCUAGCUGCCUUGGGACAGAGAGUCACAAAAGUAAUUUUGCCACAACAGUAUAGCUACGCCAAAGGAGUUAGUUAUCUUGUGUAUAUACAGAUUCCUGAGCAGAAGAUACAAAGAGAAAUAUCACCUGUUCUUUUGAUGAAAACACGAAAAAAUUCUGUUGAAGCUAUGGGAAUGUGGAACGCACAUAUACGAGAUGGUGUUGCUCUUUGUCAGUUUCUUGCAGACCUUGAACAUGGUGUGUUGAAUGGAGAGUACUGGGAUGAACUGCAAGCAGUAGAAAUUCUUGAGCAGUACAGGUUGCGGCAGGUUUAUAACAAUGGUUCUAGCUUUGGAACUAUUGCAGCUUUUGGAAUUAACUCAGCACUUCCACAUUAUCAGAGCACAAACAGUACAAAUUUACGUAUAGACACAUCUGGGUUGUUCAUGCUGGAUUCUGGUGGACAGUAUCUUGAUGGAACAACAGAUGUCACUCGCACAAUGCAUUAUGGAGUACCAACUGAAGAGCAACGUACUAUAUACACUAAACUGCUCAUGGGUUGCAUUAAUAUUGCAACAACUAUUUUUCCUGAAGGCAAAACUUUAAGUGAACUUGAGAUUUUAAUACGAGCACCUUUAUACAGUCUUGGAUUGAACUACGGACAUGGAAGUACACAUGGGAUUGGCUCGUUUUUAGCUGUGCAUGAAGCUUUCAACACUACAUACCAUGAGAACUUCUUUGGAUCACAAGAGCCUGGUUACUACAGAGCUAAUGAGUUUGGAAUGAGACUUGAAAAUAUAGUGACUGUUGUUCCUGCUAAUGUCUCAGGCGAGUCUGGAGAAACAUUCUUGACAUUUGAAACUGUCACUCUAGUCCCCUAUGAACCAAAGCUCAUAAACACCCAACUUAUGACAGCAGACCAGAUAAUGUGGUUAAACAACUAUAAUUUUCAAGUUCGUAAUAUAAUUGGUGCACAGUUGGUUCAGGUGGGAGACAAUGAAACUUAUGAAUGGCUGUUGAGAAAGACAGAACCUUAUAUUUUGCACUCAGGAGGUUCUCCAGUGCACAGAUGUUGCUUACUGAGUUUGGUUUUGAUGCCUGCAUUACUUAUCUUUGCUCAAGACAUCUGAAACAAGGUUAAAUGGCUGAACAGCUAUCAUGAUAGAGUUCGGAAAACUGUGGGUGCUCAACUGUUAUAUCAAAAUGACUUUGAUACUUAUUCAUGGCUUGUUGAGAAGACAUUGCCCCUUCGAAAUGUAUG